AUUUAAAUGAAGUGCUAAGAAAAAUCGAUUGUAUUAUGUUAAAUACAAUAUUGUUCUUGUACUACUAAACGUAACUCAUUUUAUUUUUAGAAUGAAAUAAUUUCAUUGAAAACAUACCGUUUUAACUCUAAAGUUGUUACAUGUUAUAGACAUAAGAUAUUACUGGAAUGCACUCCUAAAUAUGACGUGUUGUUGUUUAGAACACAGCAUGCUUACUAUAUACACACGACGACAUUAACUCAUCAUACGAUGCAUGUUAAUAAUUAGAAGAUCGCCACAUCUUACCAAUUGAGCUGUAGUGUAUCAAAUUUAGUAGGUGUCGAUUUUAUUAAUACUUAUACUGUCUUUAUGAAAUGAUCCCUUGAUGACCACAUCACUAACGUACCUAAAUCAAUGGCUUCUCAUACGUCAGAUAGAUAAACAGGCACAGGCAGACGGACGGACAAUAUAAAAAAUAGCAGCAUUAAUGUCUAUUAGAUAAAUUUGGAUGUGCAUUCCAUAAGAUACUUAUUGUUUAUUACUACAUUGUUUAUUCGUUUUUGCAACAAUAUGGGAUAACUUUGUAUAGUGUUUUUGGAUUUCGGCUAUGACCUUUUACCGUAGUCUCUAAAUACCUACCUCAUAAGGAAUUUGUGACUCAUAAAGGAUGUCUUUAAUUGAGACUUUACAUCUUUUUUAAAACAAUACGCAUUGAACUAAAUUAACACAACUCAAUUUUAUAAUUAGGUAAUAUAGCACUUUCUAUAAUAUGAUACACGUUAUCUGCGAAAUGUGCUAUUUUUAUUUUAAGACAAAGAACGCGAGUAAGGUAAAUUCAGAUUUCUUAUUGCAAUUAUGCACAACCUAAUCGUGGUUCUCCAUUACGACUUUUGCAGUACAGAAGUUCAGAAGCUUUCUUCGCUGUUAAAUUCGUGCCAUACCUACCAUUGUUUAAAUUUUUGUUUAAUAAUUAAUAUUAUCACUUAUGUGAUUUAAUGGACGAAGAGACAAAGUUGUUGUUAAGUGAAUGGGGAUUCCAGUCCCACAUCGAUAAAUUUUCCGAAGAACAAAUAGACUUGGCUACAUUAAGGCUGGUACAGGAAUCGGACCUGCAGCGAUUGAUUCCGGUGACAGGGCCGAGGGUAAAGUUUCGGUGCCAUCUAGAAGAGUGGAGACAAAGAUUAAAAGCAGCCACUAGUACUUUCAAUGUUGAACCAGAGACCUUCUCAGAAGGCGAUAUCUUGGAUAUCAGUCAAAAGAUAUUAGAAGCAACAGGGUACAAUAACGAAAACACCUUACCUUUAGAUUUUUACCAAGGAGAAGAAUUUAUCGAAGAUCAAGCUACGCAGGAGGCAAAAAAGCAAAGGAUUGAAGGAACCACACAUAGAACUGAUUUUGGUUCGACCAGUCAAGGAUCAUCUUGUUUAACAGAUUACAACAAAACUUACGUUGAAACUGUACUUAGUAAAAGUGUAGAAGGAAAGGCAUUGAUUCAAAGCGGAAAAACUGGAAAACUAAAUGAUAAGCAGAAGAGGCUUUUAGGAAAAAUAUUAAUUACCGAUAUUCUAACUGCCAACCCAGAUAAGAGACUGACGGAAACAGAAUACACACAACUUGGUUUGGCCAUUAAUAGCCUAUUUCCGAAAGAGCCAGUUGCGCUAUACUAUAGUGUCAGCCUAGACCACACGGCGUACUCAACCAAACGCCUCGCAAGAGGAAUACUUUUGCAGGCGUGGAACACAAGAAGAAGACAACUUCGGCAAUUAGGAGAAGUGAAGUAUACGCCAAGGAAGAAGUCUACUUCCAGUGCCAACUCUAGCCCUUUUGAUUCGCCUAUUGGUACACCACUCGUUCUACAUGAAGACAUAGAUGAGGUUGAAGAUGAAAAAUUGAAAACGCUGCGAAGCACAAUCGAGCCUUGGUCUGUCGUGGAAGCGGCUUGGAGAGACACAACAGCUACACGACUAAAGAAAUUGGAAAAGGGAAAUACUACGUUGGAUGAAUAUUUUACAGAGUAUCCUGCUUUAAAACAGCCUCUUGGAUUUCGUUUGGUAA